AUGUCGAACUCCGCAUACUUGUACGAAACGCCUUUGCAGACGCGCGUCCACACCGUCAAGGAUGUGAAGGCGGACGCGUUCAUUGCGUUGUAUGCGAACCACCUGAAGAAGCGCGGCCGAUUUCAGCUCCCCAAAUGGAUCGACUAUGUUAAGACUGCGCACGCCAAGGAGCUGGCUCCUUAUGACCCCGACUGGCUCUACGUCCGUGCGGCUGCUAUCCUCCGUCACCUGUACAUCCGCCCGGACUGCGGAGUUGGCGGAUUCCGCAAGGUCUUCAGCUGCAGACAGCGACGUGGUGUGAGACCCAACCACACUUCGAAGGCCAGCGGAAAGAUCAUCCGCUACAUCCUCCAGCAAUUCGAGGAGAUGGGCCUCGUCGAGAGCGACCCCGAGAAGCCCGGACGUCGUUUGACGAAGAACGGUCAGAGGGAAUUGGAUGUCAUUGCUCGUCAGUGUGCCAAGCCCGCGACUUCCGACUAA